AUGUCGAGUAUCAGCGCCAUCCGCAUGAACAACGCCGCUUCGUCUGCCUCGACCAUGGCCGGCUGGCGACGGGCCUUUGGUGCCGCCUUCAACGCCCCCUACGGCUCCGCCUCGUCGUGGGCCAGGAUGAAGAACGCCGCGGCGUGGAGUGGCUUCUUCUUCUUCCAGGCGGCCAUCUUCCACCCGUCCUCCCAGUUCCGAACCUCGUCUGCCCGCACCUCCACGCCCGCCAGCAAUCAGCAGCAGCGAUGGGCCAAGCAGCAGUAA